AUGACAAAUGUGACAUUGACAGCUGAAGGCAAGAUGAUUAAAGCUCACAAGUUGAUAUUGGCUGCGUCAAGUAAAUAUUUUGAGAGCUUAUUUACAUCGUUGGAAGAAGAAAAACAUCUGGUAAUUGCCCUCAAAGAUAUUCCAAUGAAGCAUCUUAUUCAUGUUCUCGAAUACAUUUAUUGCGGUCAAGUUGAUUUAAAUUCUCAAGAUGUUGCAGGAUUUAAAGAAGUUGCUGAGAGUCUACAAAUUAAAGUAGAUGUUGGCAUUCUUGAAGCUUCUAAAUCAAUUGUCGACCAAGAAAUGAGAGCUUUAAGCCAAACGACAUUAGCUGGUGUGUCAUCAUCUCGUGAUCUUAUGAUGGAUCACUCAAUGAAUUCUUUAAACACAACGAAUACAUUAACUGACACAUCAUUAGAAUCGAUUGAUGAACAAUUGGAUGAUACGAGAGAUGAACCUGAACCAGCAGCAAGAAAGCGUAAACACAACGAGAACAAUUUGAUGGAUGACAAAAAAAGGUCUUCAUUAGAUCCGUACACGAAAACAGCGAGGAGAAUCUUGAGAUAUUCCCAUAUCGACCGAACGAAGAAACCGAUAGAAAGCACCAUGCAUUGUGGUUAUUGUCGUCGUUCACACCGUAUAUCAAGCAUCAAUUAUCAUCAGAAGCAUUGUUGGAGUAACCCAAAACGUACAACUUCGGAAUGCAAGCAUUGUCGUAGGAAACUAGAAACGCCCGCAAAACUCCGUCACCAUGCCGUGAAAUGUGGCAGAAAGGAAUCUUUGAUGUGGGUGGAAAUUGAUGUUUUAUUCCUUACCAAAGUGUGGGGAUUUCCGACUUUUAAAAAUGAUUCGAAUGAAGAACUUCUUAAUUAUUCAGAUAGUCAAGAAUCAAACAUAUUGACUCGUUUGACUUUGGCUUCAAGUCAAGUCACCCGAGAAAGUCAAGUCAUAAAAGUUUCUCAAGUCAAGUCAGCAAGUGAUGCUUCAAGUCAAGUCAAAUUAAAGCUCUGCACUGAAUAA